CUUCUCUCUCUCUCUCAUUUUACACAAAUAUCUGUAUCUUAUAUAUAUAUCAUCAGUAUGUCAGGACGCGGGAAGACUUUGGGAUCUAAAGUUGCAAAAAAGGCGACAUCGCGAAGCAGCAAGGCCGGACUUCAGUUUCCGGUGGGUCGUAUUGCUCGGUUUCUGAAAGCCGGCAAGUAUGCUGAACGUGUUGGUGCCGGUGCUCCGGUGUACCUUGCCGCUGUCCUUGAAUACCUUGCCGCCGAAGUACUUGAGUUGGCGGGAAAUGCAGCAAGAGAUAACAAAAAGACAAGAAUAGUGCCAAGGCAUAUUCAGUUGGCUGUAAGGAAUGAUGAAGAACUGAGCAAGCUUCUUGGUGACGUCACCAUUGCCAACGGUGGUGUCAUGCCCAACAUUCAUAACCUUUUGCUUCCGAAGAAGGCCGCUGGGUCAUCCAAGCCAACCGCUGAUGAUGAUUAGAGAGUUAGCGAUUCGGUGAAUUGUGUCGGGUUGGUGUUGCAGAUUAGUGAUUAUUAAUAUGGGGGUAAUGAAACUGUUGUUGUAGGGAAAUGUUAGUGUUAUAGUUAGUUAAUAUGUUGAUAGUUAAUAUGUUGAAACUGUUGUUAGUAUUUUCUAAGAUUGUGAAAAAAAUGUUGCAUUGCUUUCCAUGUAUCUUUUGUUUGUUGAUAUCUGUAACAUUCUCAUUACAGAAUCCCAGUGAUCACAAUAUUAUUUGUUGUCAAAAA